GGCAUCGACGCAUUCGAAAUCACCACAUCGUUUUUGCCAGUCAUGAUCAAAAUAGGAUGAAGCCAGAGUUAUAACACAAUCAAGCCGUCGGCGUCUGCUACACUGGGCCCGCUAUUUAAUACUUCCAAGUGACUUACGUCUUGGCGAGGCGACGAGGAUUGAUUUCUCAAAUAUGGCAUCUACUAUUAUCACUUUUUCAGGCCGACGAUGUACCAAGUUCGCCAGAACGCAGUUCUUCACGACGGAGGUGUUAACCUCUGCUGCAACGUCUGCUCCAAGCCAGUCGGAGUUAGAACAACUUAGCACCACCCCAAUUCUUCAAUCCGGGGCCGACGCUCUAAGCACAGCUUCUCCUUCAAGUCCUAGCCAAACCUUAGACCCUACCACAGCGACAACAGUUACAAGUGAAAUUGCCGGUGGCUACCCUAUCACAACUACUCUCCCGGCGGCGAACAGCUCAACCAUCAACCCAUUCUCUACACAAACGCCGGCGACUCCAACCGGUGAUGUCGAAAGUAAGAAAAUAAUACCCGCUGCAAUAGGUGGUUCCCUGGGUGCUGUUGCCAUUAUCGCGCUGUUUCUGCUGUAUAUAUUUCUUCGUCGACGCAAGCGACGUUCAGUUCAGUUGCCAACCAGUCCUGAUACGGGAGAAAAGACAGGGGGAUAUGGUCGAAGUAUCAAAACCUCACAAUUCGCAACGGGUUUAACUAUACCUUUGCAGAAAAUGUCAACGGCGAUAUCGUCUAGCGUUGCUGCUACGACAAUGUUCAUUGGUGCUGCUUUCUCUAGGUUAAUUGAUCGCAUGGGUGCAAUGCCAGGUCUAACGGGUCAAUCUCCUAAUGGGACGGAACCCGCUGAAAAUCGAAUCUCUUCACCUCCAAGGUUUCCCAAUCAGGAGAUAAGGCAUAUGCCGUCUACGCCAAUAAUGUCGCCUCGUCUUAACCCAUUUUCUGACCUUCUCACCAAUCCUGAUUUCGACUUUCCAGUUCGGGAUCCUGUUCGACAUAGUGUUUCCGAUGGCAGUAUCAGCGAAUAUAGCCGCAGCGAUGACUCGUCAAAUGCAAUAAGUACAUCGGGAUCCAGGGUGGUAUCACGUCAAGCGAAUAGCUCACAAUGGCGACUCGAUCGAGCAAUCAGCACACAUAGUGACCCUUUCGACUUGGAGAGACCUCCCACUAUCCACUCGACCAUUCCAACCCCGAAGGCGGAUCAACGGUUUCGAACUGGAUACUUCCCUGAUGCAACCCCUAAAUUACCAUGAAGAGCGUUGGAUGUUUUAGUAUUUUGGUUUGAUUUUGAAAUUUAUAUGAGCGACGGUUUUUAUGCAUUAUAUUGCGGUGGCACGUCUUUGCAUACUUUACAUGUACUAUAAUUACGAACAUAUAUUAUACCAUGUCAACAUGAUCUCCGAAAAAUCAACAAAAUGGCACAUAUAGUUCUGAAUGUAAAAUUUUGUCUGAUUGGCUAAUCAAUAAGUUUUGUCU